ACAGGCAUGAGCCACUGGCACCAAGCGUGGAGAUAAUUUUUAAUGCUUUCCGACUGAGUCAAAUGGUUAACCCAGAUGUCCUUGCAUUCUUUUCCACCUGCUUUGGUGCUGCCUCCCCACACCUCUAGUUAGAUGGCCAAUCAUUACUCAUUCUUUAAAUCUCCAAGUACUUUCCCAGAGAGCCUCUGUGCCUCAUCUAAAGUGGCCUCCUUCUUGAUUCUUAAUAUACCCAUACAUACUGGUAUGAUAGCACUGGUAUGUUCGCACUCUGGGUCUUCACUAGACUGUGACUUCUUUGAGAACAAGGCUAUGUCUCUUCAUGAUGUGUCACUUCAUAGCACUUAGUAUUGUUGAGGGGUCAGACUGAAUGAGAUUGGAUUUCUGAACUUCUUUGUUUGACCUUGGGAAUGUUACUUCUCUGCACCUUAUGUUUCUGUAACUGUAAAAUAGUGCUAAUGCUACCAUCUGAGCAAAAGGUCGUAAAGAAAAAAAUAAAACACUUCUGAGGCCCCCAGUAUAUAGCUGACAUGCACAAGGAACCUCGUGGCUAUGCAGUGCCCUCUAUAAAUAUCUGUUGUAUCAGCUCAGCAAAACUAAGCAAGGGUACUACUAUACCAUAUGCCAACUAGGUGCCAAAUAUAGUGCUAGAAAAGACUGCAGUUUUUUGUGGUGUCCAUGGAAGUCUUAACCGCCGCUGUGUAGGGAGGUAUUGGACGUAGUCCCUAAUCGUUGAAGGUGUCCUCCAUCUGGGUAUUUGGGAAGAAUGCGGGGCGAUGCCACCUCCGGUUGCUCCCUGAGGGCAAAUUCCAGAGUCUUUGCCCAACCUGCACGUCUGUGACCUGGACUUUGCUCCUCUCUUCCAAACCAACACUACCGGGUUUUCUACCAGCCACCUCCUACUCAGCAGCUGGAAGCAGCCCCGCCCCCUGGCGCGCCCGGGGGCGGAGUCUGUGGCGUCACGCCUUCGUCACUUCCUGCGGACCCGGAAGCGUUGUUAACCUCCGGCCUCUCUAGUUAGGGAGUCGUGAUGGAGCCUUGCUUGGCCUAACUUCCUGGCCGACAGCGGACUGAGCGGGGCCGGCCCGGAUUGCGCGGUGGCCCGGACGAGCGGAGGGGGCGGAGCGGUGUCUAGGUCAGUGUAGGCGGAUCUUGGCGUCGACUGUCCGCGUCGCUCGGUCUCCUAGAGUAGGACCUGCCCCUGCCGAUCGAGCUUGGGCCCCCGUGGGACUCAGCUCUGUUCCGCCCCCUCCCCCGACCCCCUGCCGCCACCGUCCGGUGCUGGACGGCUGGGUGGAACGCGCGUGCGCCCCGCCGCCAGCCUACCUUCUCCACCUUGCUUCCUCUGCGCCUCUGUGGCCCUCUCCGGGGUUGCCGGAACGCUGACGUCUAUCCAACUCCUGGACCUCGAUGGAGAAGUUUGGGAUGAAUUUCGGAGGCGGCCCGAGCAAGAAAGACCUGCUGGAGACCAUCGAGACGCAGAAGAAGCAGCUUCUGCAGUAUCAGGCACGUCUCAAAGAUGUGGUCCGUGCCUAUAAAAGCCUGCUGAAGGAGAAGGAGGCUCUGGAGGCCAGCAUCAAGGUGCUGUCGGUAUCCCACGAGGCGGAUGUGGGCCUCGCAGGUCUCCAGUCGCCAGGUCUCAACUUUCCUGAUUCGGUAGAUGAUCGGUGCUCUACUCACAGCGAGGAUAGCACCGGAACCGCCACUAGCUUGGACACAGCAGCCAGUCUCACCAGCAUCAAGGGUGAGUUUGGGGUAGACGAUGACAGAUCGGCCCGAGGACCACCACCCCCAAAGUCCGAAGAGGCCAGUGGGUCGGAGAGUGGCGUUAGCAGUAGCAGUGGGGAUGGGCCGUUUGUGGGUGGUGAGGUGGAUAAAAGACUGCACCAGCUAAAGACUCAGUUAGCAACUUUGACCAGCUCUUUGGCUACAGUCACCCAGGAGAAGUCCCGUAUGGAGGCUUCUUACCUGGCUGAUAAGAAGAAGAUGAAACAGGACUUAGAGGAUGCCAAUAGAAAGGCAGAGGAAGAGAGGGGACGCCUGGAGGGAGAAUUGAAGGGGUUGCAGGAACAGAUAGCAGAAACCAAAGCCCGACUUAUUACGCAGCAGCACGAUCGGGCCCAAGAGCAGAGUGACCAUGCCUUGAUGUUGCGGGAACUCCAGAAGCUGCUGCAGGAGGAGAGGACCCAGCGUCAGGACCUGGAGCUUCGGUUAGAAGAGACUCGGGAAGCCCUGGCAGGGCGGGCAUAUGCAGCCGAUCAGAUGGAAGGGUUUGAACUACAAACCAAGCAGCUGACCCGUGAAGUGGAGGAGCUUAAAGGUGAACUGCAGACCAUUCGAGAUGAGAAAAAUCGACCAGAUCCCCGACUGCAAGAGCUUCAGGAAGAGGCUUCCCGCCUUAAGAGCCAUUUUCAGGCUCAGUUGCAACAGGAAAUAAGGAAGACAGCCUUUGCAGAGGAUCAGCUCCGUCAGCAGUGUCAGGUGGAAGAGCAAAGGGUAGCAGCUCUAGAGAAUCAAGUAUCUGAGGUAUCUGAACUACUGGGCACCUAUGAGAAAGCCAAGCAGAAGGACCAGCUGACCAUUCAGAAGCUGAAGGAGCGCAUUCUGCAGCUGGACCUGGAGAAUAAGACACUGGCUCUUGCAGCCUCCAGCCGGUCUCCUCUUGACAGCCAUGGAGAUGAGUCCAGUCUGGAUGUCAAUGUCCUGAAAGACAAGAUGGAAAAGCUGAAGAGGCUGUUGCAGGUCGCGGCCAGGAAAACCCAGGUGACUCUGGAUGUGGAGAAGCUCUGUGACCUGGAGAUAAUGCCCAGCUCAGAGGCUGCAGAUGGGGAAAAGGCUACUGCGCUCUACUACCAACAGGAACUAAAACAGUUGAAGGAAGAGUUUGAGCGCUACAAGAUGAGGGCACAGGUGGUGCUCAAGAGCAAGAAUACCAAAGAUGGGAAUGUGGUGAAGGAACUGGAGGCUACACAGGAGCAGCUUUCAGAGCUGAAGGAGAAGUACAUCUCUCUGCGCCUGUCCUGUGAGGAGCUUGAGCACCAGCACCAGCAGGAGGCUGAGGACUGGAAGCAGGAGCUGGCUCGCUUGCAACAGCAGCAUCGGCAGGAGCUGGAGCGCAGCCAGCUGGACUUCAGGGACCGCACGCUGAAACUAGAGGAGGAGCUGCACAAGCAGCGGGACCGGGCCCUGGCUGUGCUGGCGGAGAAGGACUUGGAGCUGGAGCAGCUGCGUUCUGUGGCCUUGUCAUCCGGGCUGCCAGGACGUCGAAGUCCUGUGGGUGGUGGAGGUCCUGGGGACGCAACUGACACAUCUUCCCCAGAUAGCCUGACCCAAGCACUGCAGCUUGCUGCGGCCAGUGAGCCUACUUUCUUCCUGUAUGCUGAGCAAUUGGCCCGCAAGGAGGUGGAGAUCACAUCCCUGAGGAAGCAGAAACACAGACUGGAGGUGGAGGCACAUCAGCUGCAGGAACGGCUGCUGGAGGAGGGGGAACGACAUCGAGAAGAGGUUGGAGUCCUGCAGAGCCACAUCGAAAAGAACAUCCGGGACCAGAGCAGAGAGGGAGCCAACCUGGAGUAUCUCAAGAACAUCAUCUAUCGCUUCCUGACCUUGCCUGACAGCCUGGGCCGCCAGCAGACUCUCACAGCCAUAUUGACAAUUUUGCAUUUCAGUCCAGAGGAGAAACAAGUGAUUAUGCGGCUCCCAAGUGGCAGUAGCUGGUGGCCUUCUGGAAAGAGAUGAUAUAGUCUUCACUAACUCCUGACAUAUCUGUGCCUCUUUUAUGUGGGAAGGGUGGUCUGGUUUCUAUUGCCUAUUCUCCUACAUUAUUAUCAUUUAUAACUAUCACUGUGUUGAACUUGGGAGGGUUCAAACUGAGAUGGGAUUUUUCUGCCAAUGCCAUUAAUGCUGCUUUAUCCUUAGGCCCUAGAGGGUACUGGGUGUUGAACCAGCAUCUUCUGGUGGUGUGUACAAGAACGGGUGGGAAUAAGAGGGAGAUUAAUUAGGAUGGAGAGGUACAAAUAAUGAAGUGGUGAAGAAUCUUAAGACGGUUUGUUUCCAUGUGCUCCUGGUACAGCAAGGAAUGUACCUCCUCAGUGUAAGCCAGCUAUUUUCUCCAUUUUAUCACAGUCUUGAGUCUGCUGCUCUGGUUCUCUGGGACAUAUAGCCAGGCCAGGCAGGGACCAGGAAGUUAGAAAUUAUGACACGUUGCCCAAAGGCCUGAAGAGUAUUGAGUUCAUUUGGGAUCUGGGACUUGGUCUUGUUGGGCUUGGGAGGACCGGAGCCAUCUUGAUAACACACUGGCCAUCCUAGAGAGGGCUCUGAGCACCAUUUUGAUGUUUGGGAUUUCCUAAAUGGCCUACUUUUGGCUGGGUUUAAAUCAACCUUUUUGCUGGUCCCCUGUCUUAAACUCCUGCCUAACAUUGGCCUGAGAUUGAGUGACUUCAUUAUCUUCCCCUCAGUGUUGAACCUGCAAUUAAGGAAAGAAAUCCUAGCUUCUUAGAGAGACCUUCAAAUGGUGAGCUCUGAUUCUCCUUGGGAACUGGGCAUUUCUGCUGGGAUUUGCUCCUGUUUUUGCUUUUGUAGCAACAGGGAAGAGAUGGGAGUUUGCUGCAGAAGAUUCCAACAGGUUGUGACCCUUAUGCGAAAGGGAUGGGAGCUUUAGCUACAGCUGGGCUGAGAUACUUUCUCCCUGUGGGUCUUGUCCUAAGUAGAUUCAUUCUGCUCUUUAAAGAAAGAUGGCUUUUGGAAAAUUUGGGUCCAAACAGUAACUACUGCUCUAUUUUCUUCCCUCUAUCUGCUCUUAUUGAUUAUAAAGGCCUUUGUGCCUGAAAGGUCAAUGCUUGGCCACUAAAUGAGCUGAUUUAGAUCUUUCUGGCAUUUUGUUUGAUAAGUCUGUUUUUUGAAAGACUCUUACAGUGUUCUGAAGGGGAAGCUAGAUGACCUGGACUAUCUGCAAUGAGCAGUCAUAAAUGGAACAAAAUUGAGGUGUUAAAAUGAUACUAACAAACCAUGGAAUCAUUAAACCUGAGUAACUUGA